CUCACCCAACACGACUCAUCUCCACCGGCUCUGCAGCGUGUGAGACUGACGGCAGCCUCGCUGCGAGGAGGCACACAGAGGAUCAGAAGCAGCAGGAGGAGGCGCGAGGGACGAUGAUGGAGGCCAGCUUCGACACCGAGGAGAGCUUUGACGACCCCUCCUGUCUCGCCCCGCAGCCCCCCGGCUCCGUGUCGCCGGCCAAGAGGCAGAUCAAGGAGGUCAAGGAGACCAAGACCACCAUAAACUGCGUGACGUUCCCUCUGCCAGGUGAAGGACCGGAGCAGCAGCUGCUGAAGCCCAACGACUGGAGCUACUGCGAUUAUUUCUGGGCCGACAAGAAGGACCCCCAGGGGACCACUCAUGUGGCGGGCUUCGAGGUUCUUCUGCAGAAGCAGCUGAAGGGGAAACAGCUGCAGAAAGAGAUGGCCGAGUUCAUUCACGAGAGGAUAAAGAUUGAGGAGGAAUAUGCCAAGAACCUGUCCAAGCUGUCUCUGAGCCCCCUGGCAGCGCAGGAGGAGGGGACUCUUGGAGAAGCCUGGACUCAGCUGAAGAAGAGCCUCCAUGAUGAAGCUGAAGUUCACCUCAAGUUCUCCAACAAA